AUGAUUGAAGCGUCACAAGUCCGGAACUCCGUCUUAAUUUCGACCCUCACGACCGGAGCAGCGCAAACGCAUCAAAUACCUUUUCGCCUUCUCUCCCCCACCCCACCCCACCCCCCUCUCUCGUUAGCAGCUCAUCUCGCCGCGUCCAGAUGUGAUCCUUCGCAUUACCAUCACUUUCACUUGACUGCCCUCAAGCAACUCUCCCGACCGGACAGUUAUUCCGGCCAGUUUGGCAUCAUCUGCGUUGCCUUGGCUCCUCUUCUUCACCUUACCUCACCUCACUCCACCCCACCCCACCUCACCCAAACUCACCCCACCACACCCCUUUCAUUUCCGCCUCAAGUCGUACCAGCGCUUGGAUCAUUCGCUUCUGCCUUUGUCUCCAUUGCUUCGGUUCACGUGGUCCAUCUUCUUUCUCUCUCCUUCUCUCUCUCUCUCUCUCUCUCUAUCUAG